AUGGUCCAAACGCGUAAGCAAAGUCGAGAAAAGGACGAAGCCACAGCGGCCGAUCAAAAGGCUCAAGAUGAAGCGGCUCGCAAUGCGCAAUCGCCGUCGAAGCUGGCGUCUCACCAUCCGUUGGAGAAGAACCACCAUCGCGGCCAAAAACAUGAAAGUGGGGAUGAAAUGGUUUCGGAUUUAAAGUCUGCAAUAAACAAUAAAGCGAGUGAUGGCCAAGGCCUCCAGCAGCAGCUACACCGAAUCUUGAACAAGCACAAGGAAACACCGCUGCAACAGCUGGUUGACGAGAAAUGGCCCGCCAGCAAGAUUGUCAUGGUUCACAUUCUGAAUGCGCUGCUUUCAUCGACGCGCAUUUCGCAUCACAUUGCUUUGGCGACACUGAGAUGUCUUGUUGAUGAGGAUUACCACGAUUUGAAAACCCUGCAUGAGUCCUCCUGGCAGGAGAGGACUGAGAUCCUGACAAACGGAGGAUAUACUCACUAUAGAGAAAGGACUGCUACAUAUCUUGGGGAUCUAGCGGAUCUUAUGAGGCAAAAAUAUGGUAAGAUCUUGUUGCGCCAGUCGGUUCGCGCCUUUCUACACCUCUGCAUUAACCAUGCUAACCAUGCAUAUAAAGACGAUGACGCGUCUAAAAUACUGUCCGCGACGGAACAAGGAGCCAAGUUGCGAAGUAUUUUGACCGGCCGAUUGAAAGAGAUUAAGGGACUCGGCCCGGUUGGGUGUGACAUUUUUCUCGCCACGGUUCAGGGCUUCUGCCCAAAUGUCGCACCGUACCUGGACCGGCGAAAUCUCGACAUGGCCAAGAAAAUCGGCUUGACGGACGAUUUGGAGGCAAUUUUUGAGGCACUGCGAUCAAGUCCUAUGGAUAUGGCGAGGCUUGAAGAAGCGCUUACAAGUGAGAGAUUGGACCGUUAG